AUAACCAAUCGCAUAUUUAAGACGUCACAAUACGUAGCAUUGUUUGUAUUUGUGUUGUGAUUCUAUUCAGGAACGUUAAGCAGCGUUGUGUUGUCCAGGUGUUGUACUAAUAUUCUUUCCAUUUGUGGGUCGUUCUCCGUAUUGCGUGUUUUUUUACAAUUCGUCUUGAACUCAGGAUUCCUUAUGCUAAAAAAGAUAUACAGCUACUGAUCUAAGAUGGUGCAUAUUCAUAACCGAAAGUUAGUUGCAAAGUUGGCAGCAAUAAGCGACGCAGCUGAAGAUGUCGUCGACCAAAUAUUAUUCACUCGAGAGGAUGAAGCGAUGAUUGGUUGGCGUUGUACCAAGCCUUAUACCACUCGAAGAACCAACUUUGGAAAAACAAAAUCUAAAAAAGAAGAUAGUCAAUUAAAUAAAAAGAGCCAGCUACCUCCACUUCCUCUGCAGUGGAAAAAUAUCGCUAAUUUUGCUACCGAAGCCGUGAAACCUGUUAUACCGAAAUCUGAAAGGAAAAAUGGCGAAAAGCUGCAGCGAAAAAAAUCAACUGCAUUAAAUAAGAAAAAGCUGGAAAAGUUGAUAUCAAUGACAACGCACUAUAGUGUUCAAGACUCGUCACUCAAUAAAGAAGCGACGAAUGGGGAAACUAUACAGCCGACCGUGCAUGAAAAACCGAAUAAAAGAAGUCUAAGUCCCGUAGAGGCAGAAAGAAGGUUUCUACCUACUUUCAUGAACCAGAUACCAAACCUAGAUCGAGAGUUACUUGAAGACAAGAGGAUUUUAAAAAGAUUACGAACCAUCUCUUCCAGUUCAAAACGGUACGGUGCGACACAAAUCGCUUUGCACUAUGGCCUAUCUGGGCCUGAGCUAAGAGGAAAUUUAAACACACCUAAAUUACCAACAGUAAAGUCACCCAGUGAGGCUACUGUGGCUCCGCAUGGGAAGAAAAGGCGUUCGCGACUCUCUAACUCCCAUAAACACAUUAAAAAGAAAGUCGACCACGUUCAGAAAAGGUUGAAGGAACUAUCUCACCAUGUGCUUUACCCUGCACAGCAUUCAGAAGCAAACGGAAAAGAGGGAAAAGAUCAGUGGGUUCAUGUUCAAUGUAGAGACUCUUCUAGCCAACUCCGUCCUACAGCAAACGUGCAAUCUACCCGCGGGACUUUGACAAUUCCGAGCAUGAGUGAAACGGGCGACGGUUACGAUUGGAAAUUUGCCCCCUUGCUUCCCCCUAUACUUAAUCAGCAUAUUAAGUUGAACUUCGGUAACAGCAAGAAGCGAUUUUUCCCAAAGAAACCAUCAAAUAGUGUGACCGCCAUCACUCAAGCUAAUCAAAAAGUGGGAUACAACAGCGCUUCAAUUUUAAAAAUUAAACGCUCGGUGGUAACGCCAGUGUUGCCAAAGGUCGCUGGGUCAAGUUUGCAAGAUGUUACGUUUAACAAUCCCUAUAUGCUUACCACGAAAUACUAGAAUAAAAUGCAGCACCCUUAUUAUAUGGUAACGUGGCCGGGCGGUUGGUGGGUUGAUAUAACAUCGUGUAUCUUGCGACCUAACACGUUUUGAGCAUCGGGCAAACUUGUCCCGAGUAAACAACAAAAGAAAAGCAUAAAGAAAAUAAGUGUAUACGGAUCAACCAUGUCGUGUUAUAUUACAUGUUUUAAAUCUACGUAUUGUGCGAUGCUAUAAUGUGGCAGUCCAUUGUAUCUUGAACUAAGGAGCAUAUUCGUAUACAUUCCUGUAAAAUUCAGAUGACAUUGUUAAGGUUAUCUUUUGUUAAAUAACUACUAAUUACAUGGAUAUUUUGUAGUAAAAAUAAAACGACUGUACUUU